AUGGGUAGCACGCACAAUGAAUGGGAAAGCGAGCCCAUCGCCAUUAUCGGGCUCAGCUGCAAGUUUGCAGGAGACGCCAGCAACCCCGAGAAGCUAUGGGACAUGCUGGCCGAAGGACGAAACGCCUGGUCUGAAGUCCCCUCCUCACGAUUCAAUCCCAAGGCCGUUUACCACCCGGACAGUGAGAAGCUCAGCACGACGCAUGUCAAAGGCGCACACUUUAUAGACGAGGACAUAGGCCUGUUUGAUGCGGCCUUUUUCAACUUUUCCGCCGAAACUGCCGCAAUCGCCGGCUCCAAUACGUCGGUCUAUGCCGGCGUCUUCACCCACGACUACCACGAGGGCCUGAUACGCGACGAGGACAGGCUGCCGCGAUUCCUCCCCAUCGGCACCCUCUCGGCCAUGUCGUCAAACCGCAUCUCGCACUUCUUCGACCUCAAAGGGGCCAGCAUGACGGUCGACACAGGGUGUUCGACCGCCCUCGUCGCCUUGCACCAGGCAGUGCUCGGCCUGCGCACCGGCGAGGCCGACAUGUCCAUCGUGAGCGGGUGCAACCUGAUGCUGUCCCCGGAUAUGUUCAAGGUGUUUUCGUCGUUGGGGAUGCUGUCGCCCGACGGCAAGUCAUACGCCUUCGACUCGCGCGCCAACGGCUACGGCCGUGGCGAAGGCGUGGCAAGCAUCGUCAUCAAGCGGCUCAAGGACGCCGUCGAAGCGGGCGACCCGGUGCGCGCCGUCAUCCGUGAGAGCUUCCUGAACCAGGACGGAAAGACGGAGACCAUCACGUCGCCUUCGCAGGCAGCCCAGGAGGCGCUCAUCCGCGAAUGCUACCGCCGUGCUGGUCUUAGUCCGCACGAUACGCAAUACUUCGAGGCCCACGGCACCGGCACGCCGACGGGUGAUCCCAUCGAAGCGCGGUCCAUCGCGGCCGUGUUUGGACAGGACCGCUCGGAGCCCCUCCGCAUCGGGUCCGUCAAGACGAACAUCGGGCACACGGAGGCCGCGUCGGGGCUGGCGGGCCUCAUCAAGGUCGUGCUGGCUAUGGAGAAGGGGCAGAUCCCGCCGAGCGUCAACUUCCAGAAGCCCAACCCGAAGCUGCAGCUGGAUGAGUGGCGGCUCAAAGUGGCCACGGAGCUCGAGCCGUGGCCUGCAGCCAGCGACCAGCCCUGGCGUGCUUCUGUCAACAAUUUUGGCUACGGAGGGACCAACAGCCAUGUCAUCGUCGAGGGUGUCGGAUCGUUGGCUUCAUUAUUGCCUCGCAAGCAGCUGACCAACGGCAUUCACCACGCAGUUGACAGCAAGGCCGACGUCAAAACGCAGAGCAAGGUGCUUGUCUUCUCCGGACGUGACGAACAGGCGUGCCAGCGCAUGGUGUCCAACACAAAGGAGUACCUGGAAAGACGCAAACUGCAAGACCCAGGCAUGACGGCGGACAAGAUCAACGAACUCAUGCAAAAUCUAGCCUGGACCCUCACCCAGCACCGCUCGCGAUUCGCGUGGGUUUCAGCACACGCAGUGAAGUACUCAGACAACCUCGACCAGGUCAUCCAGGGCCUGGACGCCCCGCAGUUCAAGCCCGUGAAGGUCGCGACCACGCCAGCCCGGAUCGGCAUGGUGUUUACGGGCCAGGGAGCGCAGUGGCACGCCAUGGCGCGCGAGCUCAUUGACCCGUAUCCCGUGUUUCGGUCAUCGCUGUACGAGGCGGAGCGCUAUCUCCGCGACAUCGGCGCCGAUUGGUCUCUCACUGCGGAGUUGAUGCGAGACGCUGCCACGACGCGCGUCAAUGACACGGGGCUCAGCAUCCCUAUCUGUGUUGCAGUGCAAAUCGCACUGGUGCGGCUGCUCAGAUCAUGGGGCAUUGUACCCUCCGCCGUGACGAGCCACUCGUCCGGCGAGAUCGCCGCCGCUUACACGGUGGGCGCCCUGACGCUGCGUCAGGCCAUGGCCGUCGCAUACUACCGUGCCGCCAUGGCCGCGGAUAAGACGCUUCGCGGCGCCGAUGGCGGUCCCAAGGGUGCAAUGGUCGCGGUUGGAGUCGGGAAAGAGGCUGCUGAAGGCUACCUGCACAAGCUCCCGAGUACCAGCGGCAAGGCCGUGGUGGCUUGCAUUAACAGCCCCUCCAGCAUCACCAUCGCCGGUGAUGAAGCGGCCGUACAAGAAGUUGAGGCGCUGGCCACGGCUGACGGUGUCUUCGCCCGUCGUCUCAAGGUCGACACCGGAUACCACUCUCACCACAUGGACCCCGUUGCUGAGCCGUAUCGCCAGGCCCUCCGCACUGCACUGGCACAAAAGGACAGCGACGAGGGCCAAGCAUUGCCCGACAAGGUAGAUGGAGAACCCUGGGCAGGGGCAUACCGUGCCGCAUUGCACGAGGCCUUGCCCGAUGCUAUUGAGAAGGGUAGCCUGGACAGCAUCAUCUUCUCUUCUCCCGUCACUGGAGGCCGAGUCACUCGCGCCGAAGUACUGGCCGACCCCGAACACUGGGUACGCAGCCUUGUGCAGCCCGUGCGGUUUGUUGAGGCUUUCACGGACAUGACAGUCGGCGGCAAUGGCGAACAGGAGCGCAGCAACGUCGACGUGAUCCUCGAGGUAGGACCUCAUACAGCACUAGGCGGUCCCAUCAAAGAGAUUCUGUCGCUGCCCGAGUUCGAGGGCAUCACGCUGCCUUACAUGGGCUGCUUGGUGCGCAAGGAAGACGCCCGGGACUGCAUGCUCGCGGCAGCCGUCAAUCUCCUCGGCAAGGGCCAGCCGGCCAACUUGACCAGGAUCAACUUCCCCUGGGGUCUUCAAGGGCCGGCUAAGCCACGAGUCCUGACCGACAUGCCCUCGUACCCGUGGAACCACAGCAACAGACACUGGAACGAGUCGCGGCGCAACCAAGCGUACCGCCAGCGCAGCCAGGAGCCCCACGAUCUUCUCGGGGUGCUGGUUCCGGGGACCAAUCCGGACGCCGCUUCCUGGAGACACAUCGUACGGCUGUCAGAGGCGCCCUGGUUGAGGGACCACGUCGUCCAGGGCAACAUCCUGUAUCCCGGAGCGGGAUUCGUGUGCCUGGCUAUUGAAGCAAUCAAGAUGCAGACGGCCAUGGCGAGUGCCACCCCGGACGCUGGUGAACUGGCGGGCUUCAAGCUGCGCGACGUGGAAAUCCACCAGGCCCUGGUGAUAGCAGACACGGCAGAUGGUGUCGAGGUGCAGACGAUCCUGCGACCCGUAGAUGGCAAGACGAUUGGCGCCCGCGGCUGGAAGCAGUUCGAGAUUUGGUCUGUGACUGCGGACAGCGAGUGGACAGAGCACGCCAGAGGACUUAUCACGGUGCAGAUGGCGGCUGACACAGCCAAAACCAACGCAACUAGCCAUAGCAGCGCCAGCUUCCUGGACGAGUCGGGCUACACGCGCCGCAUCGACCCGCAAGACAUGUUCGCGAGUCUGCGAGCAAAGGGCCUCAACCAUGGACCCAUGUUCCAGAACACGGUGAGCAUUCUACAGGACGGCAGGGCAAAGGAACCGCGCUGCGUCGUCACCAUCAAAGUCGCCGACACGUCGUCUCCCAAGGACAAGGGCAGAGAUCUUCAGAAUGUGCUGCACCCCACGACACUCGACUCCAUCGUCCUCUCUUCGUACGCUGCGGUGCCCAGUGCAGACCCUUCCAACGACGACAGUGCCCGGGUGCCACGGUCCAUCCGCAAGCUGUGGGUGUCGAACCGCAUCAGCAACACGCCCGGCCAUGUCUUUACCUGCAACGUGAAGAUGCCGCAUCAUGACGCGCAGAGCUACGAGGCUAACGUGAGCGUCCUGGAUCAAGAUGGGACCAGUGAAGUCGAGCCCCUGCUCGAGAUGCAGGGCCUUGUUUGCCAGUCUCUGGGCCGCAGCGCACCGGGCGAGGACAAGGAGCCGUGGAACAAGGAGCUGUGUGCCAACGUCGAAUGGGGUCCCGAUCUAGCCCUCUCUCUAGGACUGCCUGGCGCUCAAGACGCCAUCGACAAGCGGCUCAACACGCUCCGGGAUGAAGUAGCGGGCACGGACAGCCGGAGCAUCGAGGUGCAGACCGUGCUGAGACGCGUGUGCGUCUACUUCAGCCACGACGCCCUUGAGGCACUGACGGAGACGGAUGUAGCCAAUCUCGCCUCGCACCAUGUCAAAUUCUACAAGUGGAUGAAAGACACGGUGAGCCUGGCCGCGUCGCGCCGCUGGAGCGCCGAAAGCGACACUUGGACGAGCGACCCUCCGGCCGUCCGCCAGCACUACAUUGACCUUGCUGCUAAACAAAGCGUCGACGGAGAGCUUAUCUGCCACCUGGGACCGUUGCUCUUGCCGAUUUUACGCGGCGAGAGAGCGCCCCUCGAGGUCAUGAUGGAGGACCGGCUGCUGUACAAGUACUAUGCUAACGCUUACCGGCUGGAGCCGGCCUUUGGACAACUGAAGUCGCUGCUCGCCGCCGUCUUACACAAGAACCCACGGGCUCGCGUCCUUGAGAUCGGAGCGGGAACAGGAGCCGCCACGCGACACGCCCUCAAGACGCUGGGCACCGACGAGGACGGCGGUCCGCGGUGCGAGAGCUGGCAUUUUACAGAUAUUUCCUCUGGCUUCUUCGAGGCGGCGCGCACCGAGUUCUCGGCCUGGGGCAACCUCCUGGAGUUUGACCGGCUCGACAUUGAGCAGAGCCCCGAGGCCCAGGGCUUCAAACUGGCCAGCUACGACGUCGUUGUGGCAUGCCAAGUGCUGCACGCAACCAAGAGCAUGGCGCGGACCAUGAGCAACGUCCGCAGUCUCAUGAAGCCCGGCGCAACGCUGCUGCUCAUGGAGACGACGCAGGACCAGAUUGACCUGCAGUUCAUCUUUGGUCUUCUCCCCGGAUGGUGGUUGAGCGAGGAGCCCGAGCGCCAUUCGAGUCCGUCGCUAUCUAUUGGCAUGUGGGAUCGGGUACUCAAAGGGGCAGGCUUUACGGGCGUGGAAAUUGACCUCCGCGAUGUCAAUGUCGACGCUGAGAGCGACCUGUACGGCAUUAGCAACAUUUUGUCGACGGCGGCCAGCCCGAGCCCCGAGCUAGACUCGUCCCGGGUGGUCAUUGUCACCAGCGAUAAGGCGCCCCCUCAGUCAGGCUGGCUGGAGACCUUGCGAAAGUCCAUAGCCCAGGUCGCUGGAAACCGCGUGCUUCCAGACGUUCUGGCCCUUGAGUCGCCGGGACUUACAGCUGCGACGUACACUGGCAAGCUCUGCGUGUUUGUGGGCGAACUCGACAAGCCCGUACUGGCUGGCCUCGACGCCGCCGACUUACAGGGCCUAAAAACCAUGGCAUUGGGCUGCAAGGGCCUGCUCUGGAUCACCCGUGGUGGCGCGGUCGAGUGUACAGACCCAGAGUCUGCUUUGGCAUCGGGGUUUGUUCGCGUCCUUCGCACCGAGUAUCUCGGACGUCGAUUCCUGACGCUUGACUUGGAUCCUCGAACAGCUGAAAUGGACACCGCAGCCAUUGUACAGGUCCUCAAGUCUUGUCUCGCCGCCUCGGAUGCUCCGGCACCCAUUGAGAGUGAGUUUGCGGUGCGCGACGGCCUCAUCCUAGUUCCGAGGCUAUACAAGGACGUGGUGUGGAACGCACUGCUGGAGCCCGAGGUACCAGACUGGGCUUCUCCCGAGACGAUCCCCGAGGGGCCUCUCUUCCAACCCAAGCGGCCGCUGCGGCUGGAGGUUGGCAUCCCCGGUCUGCUGGACACAUUGGCAUUCGGUGACGACGAUGGAGUCGCCGCGGACUUGCCCGACGACAUGGUCGAGAUCGAGCCGCGCGCAUACGGCCUGAACUUCCGCGAUGUCAUGGUAGCCAUGGGCCAGCUUCGCGAGCGCGUCAUGGGCCUCGAAUGCGCUGGGAUCAUCACCCGUGUCGGCAGCGAGGCCGCCGCGCAAGGCUUUGCUGUCGGUGACCAUGUCAUGGCCCUACUCCUUGGCCCGUUCAGCAGCCGCCCUCGCAUAACCUGGCAUGGCGUCAUCAACAUGCCUCAGGGCAUGAGCUUCAGCGACGCAGCCUCGAUACCCAUGAUCUUUACCACGGCAUACGUGGCUCUGGUCCAGGUUGCGCGUCUCAGGCAUGGCCAGUCGGUCCUCAUCCACGCCGCGGCCGGAGGCGUCGGACAGGCGGCCGUUAUGCUGGCGCAGGACUAUCUAGGCGCCGAGGUAUACGCAACUGUCGGGUCGCAGGAGAAGCGCGAUCUCCUCACACGCGAGUACGGGAUCCCUCCCGAGCGCAUCUUCAACAGCCGUGACGCCUCUUUUGCGCCCGCAGUCCUGGCGGCCACUGGAGGUCGGGGCGUCGACGCGGUGCUCAACUCGCUCGGCGGCUCGUUGCUGCAGGCCAGCUUCGAGGUGCUCGCGCCGUUUGGCAAUUUCGUGGAGAUCGGCAAGCGAGACCUCGAGCAGAACAGCCUGCUGGAAAUGGCGACGUUCACGCGCGCCGUAUCCUUCACCUCCCUCGACAUGAUGACGCUUCUGCGCCAGCGUGGGCCCGAGGCGCAUCGUAUUCUGAGCGAGCUAGCACGCCUCGCGGGACAAAAGAUCAUCAAGCCCGUCCACCCUGUCACCGUCUACCCUAUGGGACAGGUCGACAAGGCCUUCCGCCUCCUGCAGACGGGGAAGCACCUCGGGAAGCUGGUAUUGUCGACCGAGCCCGAGGAGCAGGUCAAGGUGCUACCUCGACCGGCGACGCCAAAGCUGCGGUCUGAUGCGUCCUAUCUCCUGGUGGGAGGCGUGGGCGGCCUGGGACGGUCUCUCGCGAACUGGAUGGUCGACCACGGCGCGCGCAACCUCAUUCUCCUCUCGCGCAGUGCCGGAAAGCAGGACACCAGCGCAUUUGUCGCACAGCUGCGCGAGGCCGGCAGUCGCGUGGCGGCCAUCAGCUGCGACGUGUCUGACAAGGAGGACCUGGCCAAGGCCCUGCGCAUCUGCGAGCACGACCUACACUUCCCGCCGGUGCGCGGCGUCAUCCAAGGCGCCAUGGUGCUCCAGGACUCAAUCCUCGAGCAGAUGACCAUCGACGACUGGCAGGCCGCCAUCCGGCCCAAGGUAGCGGGCACCUGGAACUUGCACGAACGCUUCUCGCAGCGCGGGUCGCUCGACUUUUUCGUCAUGCUGUCGUCGCUGUCCUGCAUCCUCGGCUGGGCCAGCCAGGCCAGCUAUGCGGCGGGCGGCACGUACCAGGACGCCCUCGCGCGCUGGCGCUGCGCCUCCGGACUGCCAGCCGUGUCCCUCGACAUGGGCGUCAUCAAGGACGUCGGCUACGUCGCCGAGUCGCGCACCGUGUCGGAUCGGCUGCGCAAGGUCGGUCAGUCGCUCCGGCUGUCGGAGGAAUCCGUGCUGCAGACGCUCGCGACGGCAGUCCUGCACCCCUUCGGCCGGCCUCAAGUCCUACUAGGCCUGAACUCGGGCCCCGGCUCGCACUGGGACCCCGCCAGCGACUCCCAGAUGGGUCGUGACGCCCGCUUCAUGCCCCUCAGGUAUCGCAAGCCCGCUGCGUCGCGGGCCCAGGCCCAGCAGGCGGGCGGUGAUUCGGACUCGGAGCCUCUGUCGGCCAAGCUGCGGACGGCGGAAUCGUCUGAUGCUGCGGCUCGUUGUGUCGGGGACGCCAUUGCCACCAAGUUGGCGGACAUAUUUAUGGUCCCUGUCGACGAUAUUGACCUCUCCAAGCCGCCGUCGGCGUACGGCGUGGACUCGCUUGUGGCGGUUGAGUUGAGGAACAUGCUGGUUUUGCAGGCUGCGUGUGACGUGUCGAUCUUUAGCAUUCUGCAGAGCGCGUCCCUCGCGGCGUUGGCACUUGACGUUGUGGCCAAGAGUGCGCACGUUGAGAUAGCUGCAUAG